UACGUUCCUUACAUUCUCUAUUUUCUUCCAUGAUUUCGUGGAAGAAAUUUUAAUAGUUUUCAUAAUUUAAAAAGAUAAAUUCUUAGUGUAAUUGAUAAAAGACAAAAUGGUGUUGACGAACGAUGUUGUUUUGCCGGAAGAAUCGGAACUGACCGUGGAGGAAGUUAAUUUAUCAACUGCUACUUUGAGAGCUGGCUCUUUCCAUUUGGGAAAAUAUUGUGAAAAAGCGAAUAAUGAAUUUAUGCUCUGUCGUAUCGAAGAGCAAGAUCCCCGAAAGUGUAUCAAUGAAGGCAAAGUCGUCACAGCGUGUACCUUGGAUUUCUUCCGGAAGGUAAAAAAGGCAUGUGUAGCUGAAUUUAAUCAAUAUGCUAAUUGCCUUGACAAGAGCUCCGGGGACUUUGGCUUACAGCACUGCCGUAAGACUCAGGGUGUAUUUGAUAAAUGUAUGCUCGAAAAUUUAAAUCUGGAACGUCCCCCAUUCGGCUACUUCUGUGAAGCGAGAGUUCACGACACUAAAAGACCUAAACCAGCUGUUGAAGAAAAGGCCGUCUAUCCAGACGCAACCCCAACUCUGCCUGAUGACGCUGAGAGGAAACCCGCGCGCUUCGGUUCCCGACUGUACUGGAUGACCGAAUAAUUGCAACAUUUUAGUCACGCGAGUGAGACAGCAUACUAGAAAAAGCGAAGUAUUUCGCUCUAUUAAAAAAAAAGUAAAAAAACAUCCGAAAAGUU